UUUCCGCCGUUCACCGGAACCUCGCUGUGUUUCAGCUGUUGUAACCACCUUGGGGGUUCUGGUGAAACAGCAAAUUAUUUGUUGCUCAGAAGUCGUUAAGAGGGUUCGUUUGGGUCAGCGUUUUUAGGCCUAGUGCGCUUUUGCUUUCCUUUUUGUAGCGCCCUUAAACGUCGUCGCCUUUUCACUCUUGGAUGCAGCUGCGCCACCGAAUCUCGCGAGCGGUGGAAUCUCAGCAACAAACACAAUGAAUAAAGAAGCCAGACUAAAAGCAUCGAUAAACCAGAAGCUGACAGAGACGGGAGAAAGAGAUAGGCUGAAGGAGCUGCUGAGAGCCAAGCUCACUGAGUGUGGAUGGAAGGACCAAAUGAAGGCCCAGUGCAAAGAGGUCAUCAAAGAAAAGGGUUUGGAACAUGUGACGGUGGAGGACCUGGUUGUAGAAGUCACCCCUAAAGGAAGAGCCUUGGUGCCAGACAGCGUGAAGAAGGAACUUCUACAGAGAAUUCGAGGCUUUUUGUCGCAGCACGCCUCAUAACCUGAUUUAUUUUGCCUCUGCCAUUAGUGUUCUUGUAGAAAUGUGGGUUUUUGUUUGUUUUAAGGAUAUUAUAAAAUUCUAAAAUGUUUUUUUUUCGAGUUGUUUAUGGAUCCUUUUCUAGUCAGCACUAUUUACACUCGUAAAUGUGUGUGUACUGAUCCACCGAACUAUUGUUCAUAUUUUAUACCAUGCAAAUGUAGUUUUUCACUGUGUGUGAAAUGUUCUACUUCAAUAAAGUGGGUGAUUUAUUAAACA